AUGCUGCCCACCCCCUUCUCCGUUAAGGACAUCCUGGACCUGGAGCGGCGGAGCGCCCCCGGAGCCCCCGGGGCCGGGGCUGGGAGCAGCCCCGACGGGGGGGACGCGCCCCCCCGCCCGCCCCCGCCGCCACCGGGCAAACGUUUGCUCGCCCACCCCUUGGAGGCAGACGAGAAGAAAACCGACCCUUGCAACCAUCCCAAGCAGCGACACCAACGAAAACCCCGCGUUUUGUUCUCCCAGGCUCAGGUGUUUGAGCUGGAGCGGCGCUUCAAGCAGCAGAAAUACCUCUCGGCUCCCGAAAGGGAGCACCUGGCCAGCGUGCUCAAGCUCACCUCCACCCAGGUGAAAAUCUGGUUCCAGAACCGGCGCUACAAGUGCAAGAGGCAAAGGCAGGACAAAUCCCUGGAGCUGGCAGCCCACCCGCCGCCGCCGCGCAGGGUGGCGGUGCCGGUGCUGGUCAGGGAUGGCAAACCCUGUUUUGGGGGGUCCCAGCCUUACCCAGCACCUUAUGGCAGCCCGUGCCCCUAUAGCAGCUGCUGCGGCUCCUAUAGCAGCAGCCCCUAUGCUGGGAGCUCUGGGGGGGGCUACGCUGGGGUGCUGUCACCGUGAGCUCGGGCACG